CACUCAGAUUAUUAGUAAGUUGUCCUAAAAUUGUUGGUAUUUAAUUCUUACAGAAAAUGUGUAUCGUUCAGUGAAUUUCACUCUUAUGUUCGGCUUCUCUUUACAUAUUAUUGUUAAAAUCACAGUUCCAGCCAUUUUGAUUCUUUUUCUCAACCAAUUCAUGUUAUCGGACUAACAACACUCUGUAAAAUGAGUGAGGUAAGCAUAGCUUCAGCCCGGGCCUCUGUUAUGGUCUACGACGACACGAACAAACGCUGGAUUCCAAGUGGCUCAUCAUCGGGUCUUUCAAAGGUGCACAUCUAUCAUCAUCAAGCCAAUAAUUCUUUCCGAGUCGUUGGAAGAAAGCUUCAAGAUCACGAAGUCGUAAUUAAUUGCGCUUUAGUACGUGGAUUGAAGUACAAUCAAGCAACUCCUACUUUCCAUCAAUGGCGUGACAGUAAACAAGUCUACGGCCUUAAUUUUAGCAGUAAAGAUGACGCUGAUGCAUUUGCAAUCGCUAUGCUCCGCUCUUUGGAGACGAUGAACAGCAGUAUUCCUCGUUCGACACCUCCUCAAAUUCCUCAAGCUAUUUAUCAAGCACCCAACGGAUCCGGUUUCGAAGAAGAAAAUCCAUACAUGGUUCAGCAAGAAAGACGAUUAUCCCAGCAACAACAACAACAACAAGGACUAAAUCAUUCAACUAGUAACCCUGCAAUGCAACCGAUGAACACACAAACUGUUGGUCAUCAGAGAAAUAAUUCAGCUCCAUUAGCUCCUCCUUUGCCUGCCGGUCCUCCAGCUCCACCUCCUCCACCACCACCAGCUCCUGUGUUGCCAGUUGGUCCAGUUCCUCCACCAGCACCCCCUCUUGCCCCUCCAAUACCAUCCAUGAUAUCGAGUAGCCCUCAAUUUGCGCAACCAUCUGGUGUAUCAUCUCCAAUUGGUGGUGGUGGACCGCCUCCUCCACCUCCUCCUCCUCCUGGUCUUGGAAGAUCGUUGAGCAAUGAUGGUGAUCCUGGAUCUCUUGCAAAUGCCCUUAAGAAUGCGAAAUUGAAAAGAAGCAACAAGCAGUCAGCAGAGAGCAGCAGCAGCAGCAGUAGUAGCAGCAGCAGUACAUAUGGCACCAUUGGUCGAGGACAAGCUGAACGACCAGGUAUUGGCGGAUUAGGUUCUAUGAUGGAUGAAAUGGCAAAAACUCUUGCUAGACGUCGCGCUGCAGCAGAAAAUAAAGAUGUAGUACAACAAGACGAACUUUCUGACAAAAAAACUGUUGGUAAUAACAAGAUAAAUGGAAAUAGCAUUCUGGCGGUUCCUGGAGGAGGUGAUUCCCCUCUUGGUAAUAGAAAACGGAGCGGAUCUACUGGGGAAGAGUCUAAUUGUCGUAUCGGUAAUGGCUCAGACGUAUCGGUGGAUUUUGACCUUCUCAAACAAGAAUUGGUAUUGGAAAUUCGAAAGGAAAUUAACAGAGUCAAGCAAGAAAUUAUCGAAGUUAUUCGCCAAGAAUUAGGGCGACGAUAGAAUGUUCGAGAAGGCCACAGAAAGUUUUAUUUUUUUUCACGAGUUUUUAACAAUUUAAUUUUUUGUAUCUUGACCCUCCCUUUCUAUGAUAAAUUGCGCAUAUUUAAUCCCAACACUGCUUUUUCUUUAUUCUUUUCUUUACAAUGUUCCAAUGACGUUUUUCGGAACUGCUCCAACCAUUUCUUUUGAGUUCACUAUCUAGUUGACGUGUACUUUUGACACAAUUUAAAUUGGAUAGUCCAGCCGAUGUUGAAUGUCUUCUAGUGAUAAUGUGAAGUUUUAAUUUCGUUUGAAAGACGAAAUUCGGUUUCCCCUGUUCUCGUAAAAGGUAAAACACAAAAGCCAUAUUAUUUCGCCGUUUUCCACCUUUCCUGGCUUCCUUGCCCAGUUUAUAUAAUAAGUUUUUUUUGCCAUUUUAAAAGAUAUUUUCUACCCCUUUGAAUGAAUAUGAACGAGGAUAUGUCAAUUAUGUUUGGCAAGUGUACCCUCUCUUAAUCUCAGCAAAAUUUACUGCAAUAUUGUUUCACUUCUUAAAUCAGUUUCUUUUAUGUGAAGUAAAAGCUCGUGGAAAACUAAGGUGAAUUGGGUUGUUUCGUAUACCAAUUUAAAAGUUUCACCAACGAAAUAAAAUGUUAUAAAUCCGAACUGAACCCUCCGUUGCUUCGCUAUAGUUUCUAGAUUUUCUGUUCUUCAAUUUUCAACGCCUUUUUCUCGAGAUCACAAGUUGAUGUAUAUGUUAUCGACUUCAGCACCUCAAAGAAUUCCAUUUGCGAUGUUUCUUGAAGACCAAACUAUACCUUUUUCAAGACGAUAAAACGUAUUAAUCACUUCAUUCCAACUUUUUGUUUCGUUGGAAUUCUUCUUUGUCGUUUUGUAAGCUUUACAAUUGUGCAUUGUCAUGAUAUUGCAGUCUGUUGUGUAAAUCUCAAUUGGUUACCCGAUGACUUUGAGGUAAAUAAAAACAUGAUUUUCUGCCCUUA